AAAUCCGCGGUCACAUUAAAUGUAGCCCCCAGAAAUAACAGAUUUUUGGGCAUGUCCGCCGGGAAAAAACCGCAAAUUAGCCACAGCGACUGUCUGUCCUACUUAAAGACUCUCGGCGAUGUCCCGCCCGAAGAGGCGGCCAGCCAAUUGGCACAGAAAAUUGCAGAGGUUGUUGAUGCUGCGCAGGGUGACACGUGCGGUGCAAACCAAGCCGCCCUGAAUAUCAAUUUUCGUGUGUACUACCACAUUCUGGACAAAUACGCCCUCAAGGAUGAGCACUUUGCUGACUUGCCGCAGCGACUGACCUGCGAGGAGCCAAUCGCAUUCCUGAUGCUGCAGUCCGUGCUGCUCACCGAGCACUGGAAGCGGCUGGAUGCGGAUCUGCUGGAGGAGAGGUGCAUAGCAGCCAUACUGGCUGCCCUGGCACAGAACAACCUCAGUCUGAUACCCGUGCUGAAGGCCACCAAUCUCCUGGUGAAGAAGUUCCCGCAGCUGCAGCUGCUGCCGCUGAAACUGGAGCACUUUUAUCACUGCCUGCAGCGUCAGAGCCAGACGGGAUCGCGCGAGGAGGCCCUGACGCUGUUCAAUCACUGCUGCAAGCAGGAGAAGCGAGCCUUCUCCUACUUCCGCCUGAUCAUGCAGUUCUGGCCGUGGACGAACCGCAAUAAAUAUUACCUACUGAGUGGCAUACUCAACUGGCACUCCCUGCCGGACCUGCUGGCUGCGAGCAACCAAAGCGAGUCGGAGUUCUUCAGUGGGUUGCGGCUCAGCCUGAGCUACAAGGGUCUGCGGGCGGCCAGCCAGUAUCCGGUGAAGAGUCUGAGCAAUCAGCGAUCCCCCGUCUUGCUGGCCGGCAGUGUGGAGCUGCUGGUCAAUGGCAGCGUGGCCGAGAUACAGAACUUUCACUCGCAGUGGUUCCUGCGCAUCCAGCAGCGCAACGAUCUCUUCGAGCUGCUACAAUUUAAUCCGCAGAUUGUGGAAUUUCUGGCCUGCUCCGAGGAUGUGCGCUCGCCCAACGACCAACUGCGCCUGAUACUCAUCUUCAGUAUGUUCGCGAAGGAGAUUUACGCCACCUCCAAGUUGCAUUUUUUCAAGAUUAGCACCGAACUGCUGACCAACUGCAGCCAGUUCGAGACGGAGGCCCAGCUGCUGGUAUUUCGGUUUCUAGUCGAGAAUCUGCCCAACUUUGCGGUCGAGGACUGCCUGGAGUUCUUCUACAGCUUCAUCGAACGCCAUCGGGGCGUGGAAAGCUCCGAGUUCCGCAACACAAUACUGGGCAAGAUGCCCACCAUCAUUAACCACACGGCCAAGCACUUCCACAAGGUGAUCAAGGUGGACAACGGCGUGAGAGUGGAUGGCCUGGCGCAGAAUAUAAAGCGCUUCUUUUCGCAGCUGCAGGAGCUGAUCGAUCGGGACAUCCACAGCGAGGUCUAUCAGCCAAAAAUCUUUGCCCUCAAGCUGCUGGAAAUCCUCAACAGAUCAUUGUACGCCGACCAUGUGGCCAAGAAUGCCAAAAUGUGCAGCACACAGCAGAAUCAGCAAAUGGGCGCCUUCCUGCUCGAUCGCAACGUUUUCCAGCCCCAAGUAGUGGCCCAGCAGCUGUUUGAAACUCUGAACAAUCCCCAAGGCUUUGACGAUGCCCUGGAGCUGACCGUCUCGCUGAUCAUUCAAUUGGGUUACGUGAACACGGAUCAUUGUGUGACCCGUUGCCUGGCACUUUGCUCCAGCUCCGAUGUGGAUGAAUGUGCCCUCGUCUCGCUGUAUGCCCAGCUGGCUGUCAGAAGCCAACAGGAAGCCAGCUGCCUGUACGCGGAGUGCGUUAAGCGAUUGCCUGAAAAGCUGGAAAUCUACCUAAAAGAUCCCCUGCUCACUGCCAAGACGGGAGGCAAUCUCUUUCCCUACCUCUGUGCGCUGGACGAGGUGGUCAAAGCAGGAGGCGGCGUGGCCAAGGAGUCUGGAAUCGAGGAUCUGUUGCCGCUACUCGAGCGCAUUCUGAAUGGCAUCUUAAAGUUUCUGAAUCUGUCCAAUGCCAGAAAGCAUGCGGGGGAGGCAGACACGGCACCCAGUUUCCAGGACAUGGACGAGAGCCUUCAGCUGCUGGUCAGCGAGAGCGCAUUUGAUGCCAAAGAGGAUGCCGAGGCCUGCGGGAAGUACCUGCUGAUGAGCUUCUGGCUGACGUUGAAGGGCUGCUGCGACUUGGCCGCCAGCAUGGGCUGCUCCCUGCUCCAAACGGAUGCGGCCCCCCAUUGGGGUGCGCUGCGCCGUUGCCUGGACAUCAAUGUGGCCGUGCUGACCCGCUGCCGCCACAAGGGCGCCAUUGAGUCUGGCGGCCUGAGCAUUGGCAGACUCACCCGCGGCAUAACCAGCACGCUGAAGAGUGAGGAUAAAGGAUUCCAGCUGCUGCACGAGUGCCUCGAGCGGGAGCUGCUCGCCGAGAGCCGGCAGGUGAGCACCACACGGCGUGGCGCCGGCUUUGCCAUCAUGUUCCUGCACGUUCUGAAGAACGACGAUCCGCGGCAGCGUUUGCUCUUGCACCGCGCCGUGCAGCAGAUACUACAGAGGCUUGGAGAGACUGCGAGUCGUCCGACGGUUGCUGCUGCUGCCACAGACAGCAAUCACGACCGUUGGGAGGCCCUGGUGCUGCACUAUCUGUGCGUUCUGGUGCGCGACACGGAGCUGAGGCCGGCCAUGAGCAAAUACUACAACGAGAUUAUGAUGGUGGCCAUGGAGCACAUCGACAACGCCGAGUGGACCAUCUCCAAUGCGGCCCUGCAGCUGUUCGGAGCGAGUCUGGGCAAGCUGGUGGGCCAGCGACAGGCCACAGAGUUCGAGACGCGUCCCGCCUGGGAGCCCAGCGAGCUGAACUACGACGAGCUGGCCUGCCUGCUGCCCAGAGCCUGCGAGCACAUGCUGGACUGCUGCGAUAGGCGCGAGGUGGUCACUUCCUCCAUUAUACUCUUCCUGGGAUUCCUCUCCAAAGUGGAGCACCUGCGCACCAGCGCCCGCACAGACGUAGACCCGAGACUGCGACGCUUUCGUCGCCUCAGUUGGCGCCUGUUGCGGCACAGGUGCGAGCAAGUGCGUCAGCUGGCGGCCACCUGUUUUGUGCGUGCCCAUGAGUUCCGCAGCGAUCUGCCGGCGGCGCUGCUGGCCAGCGCCAAGCUGGCGGCACAUCUCAACAAGGAGAACUUCUACGAGGGACUGCUGUACACGCUGACGGCGGGCGUGCACAAGCUGCAGCACGAGGCACGUCACGUGUGGAGCGGUGAGCGGCUGGAUAAGUUCUUUGACGAUCUGGUGACCUCGCUGGAGGUCACCGAGCGAGUGCGUCGCUUCAAGCCAUUUACACUGAACGUGCUGCUGGAGCUAUUGGAGCUGCUUAAGUCUGCGGAUAAGGCGGCGCUGGUGCGGCAGCUGCUGCUGGAGCUGGAGCAGACACCGGCACAGAGCUCGCUCCCUAUCUAA